ACAAUUCCUAUAUUUCUCCAAUCUUGCCAGUCACUUUUGGCAUACGUUUGUGAAUAGAUGUCUCAGAGCUUGUUGGAAACUUUCACUUUUCAGUGAUAAGAACAGCAUUUACUAUACUUUGUAACGCUCCAGUAUGUCGAGCAUUGAGUAGAUGUUAGUAUGAAACAACAAGUGUUUGUGUUAUCUAAACUAUAUUAAUCUUUGACCUUUAACUAGGUCAUUUUCGUGGUAAUUGUCUACUUACUUUGAAAACAAGUAGUGCUAACACCUAAACAAACACCUUAAGUACCUACACUGUUAUUGGCCUGGCAAUUAAUUUUCACAGUUGAUGAGAGACUCUAUGGCAGGAGCCACUUGUCAUUGAUUCAGUUUGUAAGAUUUUAAAUAUUCAAUAUGAAUCAAGCUCUCAUGUAGGAAUACCGGUAAGAUAAAUCGAAUGAAUUCAGUGAAUGUUUUUGCCGCAGUUUCACUGAGUGUGACGGGGAGCAUUAUAGUGUUUUACUGCUAUGUGCAGCGGAAGCGUAGAAGCACUUGGAAGGCGGUGGGGCGGCUGGAUAACAUCACUAUUUACCCCUUGAAAGCGGGUAGAGCCGUAUUUCUUGAAGAAGCUGAAUGCACCGAAUUCGGCUUGCGUGAAGUAGAUAAUGGCAGGUUUCUAUUGAGAGACAGAUAUUUCAUUGUAUAUGAGGAAGAGACUAAAAACAGAUUUAGUUGCAAAAUCAAUCCUAUUAUUACAAAAAUUGGGUUGAACGUUAGGCGAGAUAACAUUCUGAAAUUAACUUGUCCCGAUUUCGAUGAUUGCGAGUUUAAGUCGCCGUCUGCUACAAGUAAUAAUUCUACCAAGAGUAAAGUAUUAAUUUACAUUAAUAAUGAAUCGGAAACGGUCGAUUGUGGAGAUGUGCCCGCUAAAUGGCUUUCACAAGUUAUAUUGAAGAAAGAUUCUGGAAUCCGACUUGGAUAUUAUGAUGAAGAAUCGAUAGUGAGGAGGCCUGAUGAUAGAGGAAUGGUGGCAAUGUACAAAUCAAUUUUCCCAACAAUAAAAAGCAAUAAUUUGGGAGCCUAUGCAUUCCUGAGCAGCUACCUACUCAUAAAUCAGGCCUCGUUGGAUGAUCUCAACUCUAGAUUGCCACCUGAUGAGCAGCCAGUGAAGGCAACCAACUUUCGAACCAAUCUGGUUAUAUCGGGAAUUGAUCCCUAUGAAGAGGAUGAAUUGAGAUUUAUUCGAAUUGGAAAUGAUGUCAUUUUAAAGUACAUCAAAUUUUGUACCAGGUGUGUUGUGACUACCCUCAAUCCUGAUACGGGUGAAUUCAAUCGAAAGUGUGAACCACUAGAAACUCUGCGAUCGUAUAGAAUGCCUGUUGAUGACAGAGUAAACAAAUUGGAGAACUGGAGUCCUAUUUUUGGUGUCUACUUUGGUCUUCAUAAACCUGGAAUCAUCAGAAAGGGAGACAUAAUCUAUAUAAAAGAGAAAAAUAAUUGGUGAAUUUACAGUAGCCUAUUUACAAGACUACUUAUUUAUUUUUAUACGGUAGACUAGAGAAUAAAUGAUUAUACAUUUU